UAUAUAAAAAACUGGAGGCCAAGAUAUUUCCUUUUGAAGACAGAUGGCUCAUUCAUAGGAUAUAAAGAGAAACCUCAAGAUGUGGAUUUACCUUAUCCCCUCAACAACUUUUCAGUGGCAAAAUGCCAGUUAAUGAAAACAGAACGACCAAAGCCAAACACGUUUAUAAUCAGAUGUCUCCAGUGGACCACUGUUAUAGAGAGAACAUUUCAUGUAGAUACUCCAGAAGAAAGAGAAGAAUGGACAGAAGCUAUCCAGGCUGUAGCAGACAGACUGCAGAGGCAAGAAGAAGAGAGAAUGAAUUGUAGUCCAACUUCACAAAUUGAUAAUAUAGGGGAGGAAGAGAUGGAUGCUUCUACAACCCAUCAUAAAAGAAAGACAAUGAAUGAUUUUGACUAUUUGAAACUACUAGGUAAAGGCACUUUUGGGAAAGUUAUUUUGGUUCGAGAGAAGGCAAGUGGAAAAUAUUAUGCCAUGAAGAUUCUGAAGAAAGAAGUCAUUAUUGCAAAGGAUGAAGUGGCACACACACUAACCGAAAGCAGAGUAUUAAAGAACACUAGGCAUCCCUUUUUAACUUCCUUGAAAUAUUCCUUCCAGACAAAAGACCGUUUGUGUUUUGUGAUGGAAUAUGUUAAUGGGGGAGAGCUGUUUUUCCAUUUGUCGAGAGAGCGGGUGUUCUCUGAGGACCGCACACGUUUCUAUGGUGCAGAAAUUGUCUCUGCCUUGGACUAUCUACAUUCUGGAAAGAUUGUGUACCGUGAUCUCAAGCUGGAGAAUUUGAUGCUGGAUAAAGAUGGCCACAUAAAAAUUACAGACUUUGGACUUUGCAAAGAAGGGAUCACAGAUGCAGCCACCAUGAAGACUUUCUGUGGUACACCAGAAUACCUGGCUCCUGAGGUGUUAGAAGAUAAUGACUAUGGCCGAGCAGUAGACUGGUGGGGCCUAGGGGUUGUCAUGUAUGAAAUGAUGUGUGGGAGGUUACCUUUCUACAACCAGGAUCAUGAGAAACUUUUUGAACUAAUACUAAUGGAAGACAUUAAAUUUCCUCGAACACUCUCUUCAGAUGCAAAAUCGUUGCUUUCAGGGCUCUUGAUAAAGGAUCCAAAUAAACGCCUUGGUGGAGGGCCAGAUGAUGCAAAAGAAAUUAUGAGACACAGUUUCUUUUCUGGAGUAAACUGGCAAGAUGUAUAUGAUAAAAAGGUAGGCUCUCUUUAUGGCAUGGUUUGUAUAUAUUUUGGCUACUCUAAAAUGAAUUAACAGCAAAAAAUUUUA